UUUCUCCAUCAUGUGAGAGUCACAGUGAGGGGAUUAGACGCUCAUCAAAGCCUGUGUGAGGUAUCCACGCACAGGAGAACGGGGCUGUGAGCAGAACUAACUUCUGGUUUGACUUGGAUAAACCACCAAGGUCUGAUUGUGAAAGGGAGUUUAAGAAUUUCGCUUUUUUCGUGCAUUUUACACCUGGAAAGACAACUUGAAAUCCUUGAAGUCUGUGCUUGACUGUCGUGAAGUCACCAUGAAGUGAUGGUGCUGCUGUGAGUCAUUGAAAGCAGCGUUUGGGGAAACAAAUGUGACAGCAAGUAAAAAAGCAGAGAGAGAGAGAGAGAGAGGCCCGGUUUUCACUCUCUGGCUCUGCCGGUCGGCUGCUGUCAUUCUUUCCCCUGCCGGCGCUGCACCGCGUUGGAAGGAAGUCGUUCAGCAGAUGGAGCCCAGCGCUGAAGGAAGGACAAUACGAGGGGAGAAUUGUGUCCCGGUUAACUUUUUUCCAUAUUCAUUUGGAUCAAUAGGGGGAAAAAACAGAGCUUCCACUUUGACAGUCUGAGCUUUCAAAAGAUUAGACUUCUUGAUCUUGCAGAUGAAUGUGUGUGCAGGUGAAUUUAUAUUCUUUACAAAUAUAUACAGGGUAAAAGCAAUUAGAUUUGGAAGUCAUUAUACUUUUAUUCACUUCCAUUUGAUGCUAAUUUAAGCUCAGUUCAAUAUAUUUUUAUCGGUAGAUGUAAUAUUACACUGUUUACUGUGAAGAUUACCGUACACAACUAUUGUACAAUGUUACAGAUAAACUAACUAACAACUAACACUUUAAAACAGAACAAAUCAGCUUUUUCCCCAAAAUGUAAAAGCUAGUCCCAAUUUGCUACAUAGCAAAGAAAGACAAAAAAAGGUAGUAGGUAUGUAGGUUGGGAUAAAUUAUAUAUACAGUAUAUGUAUAUAUCAUCUGUCUGUCUCUAUAUACAUAUACAUGUUAUAUUAUAUGGUAGACAGACCGAUGACAGCAUAUAUGGUCCAUAUGUAGCAGUAAAUCUCUGUGACUGGUUGCUGACAGUUGAGAUCAUCAAAUGAGUGUGAGAUUUCUUAAGUAACAAAUCUCUCAAAUUCUGCCAUUCACUGUUUUUGUUCUUUUUAAAUCCUUCGAGCGGGGAUUUGAUUUAAAGUGCAUCUAGUUUUACACUCUUUGAAGUGAAUCCAACUCGUAGUGUAUGUUCAGCAUUGAAGAUGUGUGGUAUACGGACGACAUUCAUACUACUAACAGCAUACAGUAGACAAGUAGGCCUCAGGGGUUUAAAGCAGGAGGCAGAUGGAACGGACCAUCAGAUUCCUUUCCGCCUCAUGUGAUACAUCAAUACGCCUUUCAACUGCUCUGAGCUGGAGUUUAUUAUGAAGAGUUAUCUCAUGACAGAGCUGUUAAAUUGAAGCCCUCUUCCUGCCCGGAUGAAUAUCUUUCCGCUUCUCUUUCUGAGUCCAGCUGCCUUUUUUCCGUCCCCAAACUGUCCGGAUCGCCGACCUGUCCUCCUGACAGAUUCCACGGAAACCAUUGGGACUCAUCGGGGGUGGAUUAGCGUCAAAUCGGUGUAAUGAGUCGAAAGGGAGCGUUUGCUGGCUGCAUCUGCCGAAGCCCAGAUGUUGAGCAGAUUGUAUUACAGUGGGCAGUAAGAAUGCUGCGCUGGAGCCACGCUGCUACAUCAAACACCUUCUCUGGAUCUGAGCCCACAGUGAGCGCUGUUGUCCUGCACUACUCACAGCAGCUGAAAUACAUCUGGGGGAUGGAUGGAGGAUCAUCGGGACCUCCCAUUCAGGGUUAUUCAUCAAUGUUAGGAGAUCCAUACGUCUGCGAGACACACCAGGGACUGAAUUGGAAAGCUAACGUGUGUGUGCAUGUGGUACAGGAGCUUUGCCGCAGGUUAAAUGUUGUGUCCGCAGCAGCAUGUGUGUGUGUGUGUGUGUUGGCGCAUGUUGAAGGAACAGGGUGAGUCUUCACUGCAUCACUGAAGUGGGUGGGAGCAGGUGGGGGGGGGGGUGGCUCCGGGUGAUGAGAGAGGCAGUUAUAAGACGGUUCUGACCGGGUCAGGUUUUCUCAGUAUGUCCCCGCUGGAGGAUCGUACCACAGAGUGUGUUUCGCCGCUGCGACCUGGAAAGACCCCUGGCACUACUUCACAGGAAGGUGAAGAAGAUGAUGAUGAAGGGGAUUGUGGUCCUGCUGUGCACGGCCUUGACAUGCGUAGCUCAGAAAUGGAACAAGGGAAGCUCACGUUGGGACCCCAAAGAAGAACAUACCAGCGCAGAGACCUGUUCCAACCUGACCCAGGUACUGGACAACUGGAAAUAUGCCAUUCUAACCCAAGUGAAAGACCUGCUGAUCAACGACCCGGCCUCUGUGCUGCCAGAAUACAGCAGGAUCCAGCCUCUGUCCGAUGCCCUGCGAGACCUCUACAGGCACUUUAACACUCUCAAAGAUGAGCUGGGGAAGCUCACGUCAAAGUUAGACAGCGUGGAGGGUUUUGUGGACAACCUGAAGGACGGCAGGUUGUCUGUGGCUCAGCGGCCCGUACAGAGGCUUCCCCCCCCCAUCGGUUUGAGGUCUCCACUGAGAGCUCAGAUGAGGGCUCCUGAUAGGGGGACAAUCAAGGGGUCAAAGGUGAUCAGAGCCAGGAGAAGAGGACCACAGAGACCGUAGACCGAUCAGUACUGAUGCAUCAACCGAGUGUUAUUGUGGGUUUUUUCAGAUGUCUAGUUUGUAGUUUUAUUGAGGAGUGAAAUGCGAGAAGAGGUCACAUGCUCAUGCUUGGUUUAGAAAAGACACAUUUUUCUUUUUUUAUAUAAAAAGACAAAUUCAACCACAAGGUGGCAGCUUGAAUCAACUUAUUGGCACUUUCAUCUUGCUCCUCUCUGUGUUUUAAUAGCUUACACAUUGGCUGUAUAGUCUACAGUUAUGAUUUAUCACAGUAUAUAUAUAUGUAUAUAUACAAUCUUAUUAAAAAUAUAUAAAUUGAAAAUUGUAAGUACCACCACAUUUAUCAUUUUUCCAUCAGUAGGACAAAAGGCUUUUAGUUGUUGUUAAUCAUUCACGUACACUAUCAAUGGUGGUGGAGCUGCCAGACGCUGGACCAACCUUUGGGGAAAAGGGUCCUGAGAUUAAAGCACACUGUGACUUCUGGACUGAGGGAGCGGGUCGGACCACCUGCUGGGAACUACAACCAGUUUCAGUGGAAUACUUUAAUGUCAAUUAUUUUACAGUGCAUCUAUAUCAAAUUGCCUCAUGAGAGUUGCUGUAUAUCUGUAUCUUGAUUAUAAUCAGUAAAAUGAUAGAAUCCCUGUUAGAUUAAGAUGGAUUUCGGAAAGCAGAGUUUUUGCAAAUUAUUUUUUAUUUCUGAGAGUGAAAUUGACUCAACACAAUGAGCACUGGUAUAGUUUCAUUAUAGGAGGAAACCAACCAUCAUGACAAAAUAAAAAAACGUUUGACCAUGUUGAUAAAAUGUUUGCUACUAAACUCACUCAUUUUAAAAUAUUGAUUGACUCAGUUGCAAUGUUUGAAUAUUAAAUAAAAUGAGCAAACGAAACUUGCGUUUUCAUCCUCUAUCAGUGAAGCAUCACCUCUCUACUCCCCCCUUCUUUCCCAGGAUGCACCUGCAGGCCUCCUCUUCUUAUU